GCUAAAUCAAAUCAAUGCCCCCGCGGCCCGCCCUCCACCUCGUCUCCUCUGUUCCUCUCCAUCCGCCUCAGAAGUCGAAACCCAGCGGCCAGCAUCGGCAGCUAGCACGCCGCGGCGCCGCGCUCCACCACCACGCUUCGUCUGUCUUCCUCUUCGCCAACAGCAGUCGCCAGCAGCAGUCCCUGAACCCUGCCCCAAAGUUCGGAAGGCGAAAGUCGUCACUCAAAACCCAGCGCUAGCCACCAUCUUGUCGCGGCGCCGCGCUCCACCGCCACGCCUCAUCUGUGUUCCUCUUCGCCAGCAGCAGUCGCCAGCGCCGAGCCCUGUCUUCUUCUUCUCUUCACUUUGCCAUUGCCCAGCACCAGCAGGCAGCAGCAGUCCCCGUGUCUUUCUUCCUCUUCUCUUCUCGAGGGCAGAGAGUGCUGGUAAAGGAGGUAAUGAUUCCCAUUUCCUCCCCAUUCUCAGUUGAUGAUUCCCAUUUUCCAGCCACCCUUGAUGAUGAUUCCCUCCCCCUACUGAUUUGCUAACUUUCUUUUCUUGAUUUUGGUGAAUGGACGAAGGUAAUAGGCUCUUUCUCGAGGCUAUAACAGCAGCCAACUCUCAAGUCUCAACAAUCAACACGAAGAACUAGA